AUGUGUAGUUAUAGGGAGAAAAAGUCAGAACCGCAAGAAAUGUUGCAAUUGGAUGGAUAUACAGUCGAUUACAUUGAACCUAUUCCUGACUUAGAAGAGGGCCGAUUCUUCUUCAAUGCAGUCAAAGAAGGCGAUAGUGUUGUGUUUGCCUGCGAUGACGAAAAUGAGUCUCAUCUCUGGGUUAUGGCUCUGUAUAGGGCCACCGGCCAGGCACACAAACCAACACCUUUAAUGCAAACCCUGGGCAACAAAAAUUCAACCAUAUCUCGAUUGCAAGGAGAUAAACAAUAUAUAACGCCGAUAGGGCCCGUAAGCAUGGAAUGGACGAGUACAUCCUAUCUGACCCAUGUCGAUUUAGUCACCACCAGUUGUUUCGUUUACUACAACGAGAAGCCCUUAUGUUUAGGCUAA